CAAUACCAUAGACAUACAAUAUAAUACAAUACCUAGAAUACUUGAAAAAAAAAAUCUAAUCAUAGACAGCGUACUUCACUCCGUCAAUAACGCUACUCUGGAGAGAUUUGGAACUAUUAUUUAUAGCUGACAGCUGGACACUUUUGCAACAAUUCUGCCUAAGGAGUUUCUGUUCCUUGCCUCUACCUUCUAUAAUUCAUGCCUUUAAAUUGUAUUGCCACUACCUUCCGUAAAUUGUACCAAUUAGAUAGGGUGAUGUAGUUUGCACAAUCGGUAGUCAACUUUACGCAAAAGUAGGUUAUCGGAUCUCAUUAAUAUAAAUCAAAGAGCAUAUAAUCACUACGUUUUAAUAGAGAUCGCCGUCAUCUUUACUAAUGUUAACUAGUGUCGCCCCCCUGAUGUAAACUCCUUACUUGCCGUGUAUUCAUUUGCUUAGAGCAUCUUAGAGGUUGUAUUUUUAGCCCUGAGAAUCCUUGAAUUUAACCUCUUUUUCAGAUCAGAUGAGAGAUUCAGAACAAAUAUGGAACAAAUCAAAUUGUUUUAUCAAAUAUUUGGAAUUAUCUUAAUUUAGUGUUAAAACUGUUAAAUAAAUACUUUUUGGAUCGAAGCUUUUAACUCUCGACUUGCUCUCUCCCGACCUACUUGACUGUCCAACUCAAGUCAAAUUAUUGUCAAACUUUCAAAAUAUUAAUUUGCCUAAUCAAAUACGAGUGUCUACUUUAUUCAUCGACAUACAUGGUAUAAUUAAAAUAUAUUAUCAAAUAUAAAACGGAGAUAUGUCAAAAGUAAAAUGGGAUUUUCGAGAUAUUUCUUGGUUACUACGAAAGUUUCGUCAGUUUCUAUUAGGAAGAAAACACGACAUUCCUAAUCUCCACAUUCGCUUCCCACCUCGGUUAUCCCCAAGGUCCAUCCCAACUCCCAGCAUUCCUCGUGGACCGGAAUUCAUUAAUAAAUACUAUGAUCAGUGGUAUAUGGACAGGAGCGCUAAAGAUGGAGUUAAGCCUCCAAUUGUGGGACCUUUAGGUGAGGGUCCCGCAUACCCGUUGGACUGUACGAAGACACCUCAGAUUAGCAGCAUAAAACCAACCGAGGUGAAGUUCGCCUGCCCCCCGACCCCUGGCACGCCAUGGUGGUGGGACGGCCACUUCUACUACGAGUGUAAACCCGAGAAGCCGAAACCCAAGAAGCCCGUCAAAUGUGAUCCUCCACCCGACCAGUGUGCUAAGUGUUAACGAUUAGGUACGAUUUAUUAUUGUUGUUAUUAUAGUACCUAUCAAGUAUACUAAUAAAGUUAUAAUUUCU